AUGAGUAAUCUACCCCAGCCAAUCCUUCUGUGUCCCUUGCAGCCGAUUUUCUUCGUCACAGCUUGGGCUGUUCAGCCGCUCGAGCCCUUGUUGGUUGUGUCUGCACCUGAACAUGCGACCAAGGUUCCGCUUGUUUUGACAGGCUCAACCAGUUCUGUAGGGCUGGAGAAAUCUCUUGGCAACUCCUGA